AUGAUCUAAAGAGAUAUUACAGCAACUCGCCUACGGGUACUCAGAGCUUGUUAUCCCUCAUUCAGCAAAAGUGAGAUUUCAAGAAAAAAUAGAGCAGUUGAAAAAAUUAUAUUUAUUUUAGCAAGGUUUGUUGUGAAUUUUAAACAGCCUGACCAACUUCAUCAUGAACAACAUCAACGUAGUGUUUAACGUGUCCAAAAAUGAAAUGUUUAAGCUACCAGACAAUUACAAAACUCUGCAUCGGAAACUCAAAGUAAACUAUCGCGUUGAAAACAACAAAAAUGAAAUUACACCGGAUGUGCUGAAAGGCGUAACAGUAUUUGUUCUAGCCGGCCCGCAGGAAAAGUUUACCGAAACGGAGUUUCAAUACCUGAAGGAUUACAUCACGGAGGGAGGUCGUCUAUUGUUGUUGUUGGGUGAAGGUGGCGAAAUUAGCUUCAAUACGAAUGUAAACUUUCUUCUAGAAGAAUUCGGAAUGACUAUCAAUAGUGAUUGCGUCGUCCGGCCCCAGUAUUACAAAUAUUUUCAUCCCAAAGAAUCGCUCAUUAGUGGUGGCAUUGCCAGUGACGCCAUGAACAACAGUCUGUUGGAGUACAGCAAAAGCAUCCUGACGGCGUUUGAUUUUAUGGACGACAAGUACAAAGUGGAGUUCGUUUAUCCCUUUGGGGCCACGAUGAAUGUGGUUCAUCCCUCGACAGUGCUGCUUACUACAGGACCAGUUGUCUAUCCUUUCAAUCGCCCAUUAGCCGGGUACUUUCAAAACGAAACCAACGGCAAAAUAGUCGCUAUCGGCUCUGGGCACAUGUUUCAGGAUAAAUAUAUUUCCAACGAAAUUAACAUGGCCAUAUGGGACAGCUUGUUCAGUUUGAUACUUGAAGACAAUGUUCGAUUUAAGUCGUCGGAUUUCAACGACUUAGAGAUUAAUGAUUAUGCGAUCAUCCCGGACACAAUCUACCUGGCAGACCAACCAAAAUCGUGUUUGAUGGACUCAUUGGAUUAUGAUAUACCGGCAGAUUUUAAGAAACUGUUCGACAUGUCUCUGUACUCUAUCAACAACGACCUUCUGAGAGACGUCAUUGGUACCUACAAGAAGUUAGACGUACAGUAUGAGCCCCUAAAGAUCAUCAAACCCCAGUUCGAGAUCCCAUUGCCUCCGUUGCAACUUGCGGUGUUCCAACCGAUCUUUAGUGAUCUGGCAGCGCCUCCACUUGAACUAUUUGAUCUAGAUGAAGCGUUCAGUUCAGAAAAGGCCCAGAUCACUCAGCUUACCAACAAGUGUUUGGCACCAGCUUUGGAAAACCUACGCAAAGAAACACAAGGAAGUACUGGCACAUCGGCAGGUUCGGUGGAUGAAAAGGAGCUAGGCUAUUUCAUUCAGGAAUGUGGCCGGAUUCUGAAAGUGUGCCAGGACGACCAACGGAUGACGGCGAAGGAGGUUCUGAAUGUCAUCAGCGUGAAAAUAGCCCAUUACAAGAAACUUGACAAAGAUUGAAAAGUGUAAAUUUUAUUCUUGUCGCAAAGCUAAGGAGUGUUUAUCUUAUAAUUACAUAAACACUAAUCUUUUAACAAGUUUCAUAAAUAAAUCAUUUCUGUUAAAAACAGAAGAACUUGCUGUCCCACUAGCGUAGGGUUACCAUAUCCCGCAACACCAAAAAUUGUACAUUGAGAUUAAUUUUCCAAAAAAGUCAGGAGAAAAGUUAUAGGGGAGAUUUAGGAUACUUGAUCCUUGGGGAUACUUGAUUC